AUGUCCACAAUUCCUGAUUGAGGGCUGCCGAGACAAGUUGUUUCCUCAUCAUAAUGGCGAAUUACAUAAUUUUCUUGGCCGUUUUUCUACUCGCCAGUGCAUCAGGGCACCCACCCCUUCAAAUUGAUCCGAUAAAUCCACUAGUAAAUGACAGACCGGUCAUAAAUUCUGUCGUUGUCGAUCCAUUACAUCGUUUGGCCAAAUGGAUCCCGAUCCAUUACAAUGUCGAACUUGCCGUAGUUUUGGACGAGAAACAAGUCCCAGCAGAUGACGAGUUCACGGCGAAAGGAAAGGUGGACAUCCUCUUCCAGAUCCCUCUCGACGCAGCGAAUUUGGCGACCAUCACUUUGCAUGCAAAUUUAUUGUCAAUCACGUCCUUCAGUUUAACCCACGAAGAUGGGACUGACAUCCCACUUGGCGCAUAUCAGAACGAUACAGAUAUCACUAAACAUUUUGUACAUAUCCCAUUACAAUCUGGAACGCUUCAGCAAGGAGUUAACUACACGCUGCAUGCAGAAUCUGUAGCUCAAAUUUUUGGUCAUAAAUUGAACGGUCUUUAUCGCAGUAAUUACACAAAGCCGGACUUAACGUUGAGUUGGAUCGCUGCUACGCAAAUGGAGAGCUUGCAUCUUCGUGAAUUAUUUCCAUGUUUUGAUGAACCCGAUUUAAAAGCAACAUUUUCAGUACAACUCAUUCAUCAGGUUAAAUACACUGCUAUUGCUAACGGACUGCGAAAUGGGGAACCCGUACCUGUACCGGAAACGCCUGGAUGGGUCAAAUCCUCUUUUAACCCAACUGUUCCCAUGUCCACUUAUCUCUUUGCCAUAACGGUUGCAGAAUUUGACUCAGCCCUCGCGGAUCCUGCCUUAUUUGGCAAACCAGUCAGAACUUGGUCUACGCCCGAACUCAUCGCUCGUGGGGGUGGACAAUACACUGCGGAUCUCACAGCAAGAUUGUUAGCUUACUUUGACGGGUUCUUCAAUACGGUAUAUCCAAUGGAAAAAAUGGACUCUGCUGCUAUUACGCAUAAGGGAGGGGCCAUGGAAAAUUGGGGCCUGAUUUUGUACCGGACCGAUUUACUAAUUUAUUUAGAAGGGGAAACAUUAGAAACUGCAAAGAAUUCAAUGGCUAGCGUCGUUUCCCAUGAAGUCGCACAUCAAAAUUUUGGAAACUUGGUCACAUGCAAAUGGUGGUCGGAAAUCUGGCUGAACGAAGGUUUCGCCACGUAUGUCAGUUAUCUUGGCGUGAAUGAAGUAGCGCCCGAAUUCCGUCACCUAGAAUGGCAAAUUAAUGACGCCCUGCAACCCGCUCUUGCGUUUGAUGCGGGACCAACGACAUCCAAACUUCGUAACGAUGCCGUAACACCGGAUGAAGUUGAUAACGCCUUCGGAACCAUUACUUACGACAAAGGAGCCUCAAUUAAUCGCAUGAUUGAAGGAUUUUUAACGUUAGGAACGUUUCAAAAAGGACUGAUUACUUAUUUGGAAGCCAUGACAUAUCUGGGAGCAGAACAAGACGACUUAUUCACCCAUUUGCAAGCUGCAGCAGAUGGAGACGGUAUAGUAUUACCUGCUACUGUCAAAGAAAUUUUGGAUUCUUGGACACUACAAAUUAGUCAUCCACUUGUAAGAGUUAGUGUCGCUGGUGAUAACGAGGUCUUCAUUACACAAGAACGUUACGCAAAUCCUGGUCCAGCGUUGUGGUACGUUCCAAUUACAAUCGUCACACAAGACGACGAACCCACUUUAGAAAAUAGCCUUCCCAAAUUAUGGUUGACUGAUACUCAAGCGAUUGAAACUUAUCAACACAACGUCUCAAAAUGGAUCAUGCUCAACCAGCAUGCCACCGGAUUUUAUCGAGUUCUUUAUGACGACGUGUUAACACCACUGAUUAGAAAGCAACUCAUGAUCAAUCACACAAUUAUUUCACCCUUGAGCAGAAGCCAACUCUUGGACGAUUAUUUCAAUCUUGCAUUUAGAGCAUUCGUCGACAUCGAUACCGCUUUGGAAUUGACAACUUACUUGGCAGAAGAAGAUCAUUUCACCGUUUGGGAAGUUGUAUUUAACCAAUUUAGAAAUCUUCACAAAUUUAUUUCGCACAAAACGGACAGGAACAUUUUCACUCAAUUCCUACUCCCAAAAGUCAAAGCAGCCCUGAACAGGAUCGGCCUUCCCCAAAAUGACACUAUUAUCGGUGCUGAUGAAAUAUUGCGAAUGAAAUUGAUUGAUUGGGCAUGCUCACUUGGAGAUGAGGAGUGCAUUUCGCAUGCCAAAAACUUGAGUGAUUCUUGGGAAAACGAGAAUCCAAUUCACGUAGAUAUUCAAGGGCCAAUGUUUUGCACGAUUGUUUCCACUGGUGGUAAAGAAGGAUUCGAUUUUAUUUGGAAUAAAUAUUUCAAUCUUGACAUCCUGAGAAAUAACGCCCUCAAAACCAGACUCAUGCAAGGGCUAGCGUGUGCUGCUGAGGUGGAAAAUCUGCAAAAUUUGUUAAACGCGAUACUGACACAAGGCUCUGGAAUAGCACUCGACCACAGACUCCCGUUGAUUCAGCGAAUUGCAAUGAACUCGAUUGGCCGAUCUUUGGUCAUAACCUUUUUAAACACGAGAUUGGAUGAUAUUAUUUCUCAAUUGGGUGGUGGGAGUGCCAGCGUGGUUCUAAAUAUUUUGAGCAGUUUGAGCUCUCAAUUAUCCACACAGGAAGAGUUGGAUCGAGUUCUGAAGUUUAUGGCAGAUAAUGCAGAAAAACUUGACGGCCUUUCCGAUAAUGAAAAACUUACAGUGAACAAUUAUAUUAAUACGGUGCGUACAAAUAUCAACUGGAUGAACCAGUGGGGAAGUCGCAUGAUUUCAUGGAUGGAAAUUAAUCCACAUCCAGAAGAGCAGAAAGAUAACAUGGCACCUGGAUUGAGUCCUUCUUCGUUUGUUGUUUUGGUUGUUUUGGGUCUGGCAGGGUUUUUUAGGGGAGAUUGGUGAUGUAAAAAUUGAGCAGUUAAUUUAUAUGAAAAUUGUGAGUUAAUAAAAUAUAAGUAAAACACAAGAUAAUUUCAA